AAACCUGCAGGGCCGCUCAGAGGGCCGCAGCCGGGGACGGCGCCGCGCGGGGGCUGGACACUUUGCGGCAGCAGCAGAGCGCUCCGAGGAGGCCGGGGCAGUUGAUGGUUUUGGCGAAGUGUCUUAAGGUAGCUGGGCCUGCCCCCUCUUCCCCACCUACCUCCUGUCAUCCCUCCCACAUCACUACCACCCUGGCUCCCCUCCCUCAUGACCGCCUGGAUCCUCCUUCCUGUCAGCUUAUCAGCAUUCUCCAUCACUGGCCUAUGGAUUGUGUAUGCCAUGGCCGUGAUGAACCGCCACGUGUGCCCUGUGGAGAACUGGUCCUACAACGAGUCCUGUUCUCCUGACCCCACUGAGCAAGGGGGUCCCAAGACCUGCUGCACCCUGGACGAUGUCCCCCUCAUCAGCAAGUGCGGCACAUAUCCCCCAGAGAGUUGCCUCUUCAGCCUCAUUGGCAACGUGGGUGCUUUCAUGGUGGCUCUGCUCUGCCUCCUGCUCUACGGACAGCUCCUGGAGCAGAGUCGGCAUUCCUGGAUUAACACCACAACACUCAUCACAGGCUGCACCAACGCUGCAGGUCUUGUGGUGGUUGGGAACUUUCAGGUGGAUCAUGCUAGGUCUCUGCAUUACAUCGGAGCUGGUGUGGCCUUCCCUGCCGGCUUGCUGUUUGUCUGCCUGCACUGUGUCCUCUCCUACCAUGGAGCCACUGCCCCCCAGGACCUGGCUAUGGCCUACCUGCGGAUUGUGCUGGCAGCCAUCGCCUUCGUCGUCCUGGUCCUCAGCGGUGUCUUCUUCAUCCAUGAGAAUUCUCAGCUGCAGCACGGGGCAGCUCUGUGUGAGUGGGUGUUUGUCAUCGACAUCCUCGUUUUCUAUGGCACCUUCUGCUACGAGUUUGGGGCAGUCUCCUCAGAGACACUCGUGGCUGCACUGCAGCCUGCUGGCCGGGCCUGCAAGUCCUCUGGGAGCAGUAGCACCUCCACUCACCUCAACUGCGCCCCUGAGAGCAUCGCCAUGAUCUGAGGUCUGGGGAGGGUGGCUAGCCCAGCCUCUACUCCUCCUCACCCCGUGUCUUCUUUGCAUUUAUUUUGUACCAAAAACAAUUUUUGAGAGUAUUCUUUUGGGAUACAGGCUUCCUCGCUCUGGGAGGAGUGGCCAUCCCGCAUCCACCUGUGCCAUAGAGGAGCGGGCCCUGGCAGCUGCCUGAGCUGUGCAUGAUCUGCUCCCCAUUCUACAGUGUUAUUUUUGUGUUUCAAGGUCACAUAUCCUCAGUCACCCAGCCAACCCUUCAGGUGCCUUUAUUCCCCAGUGCUGAGGCCAGACCACUGGGGUUUCCUGCUGCAGGAAUUGGGGGCUGGGAACAGCAAGAGGGAUAGAAGUGGUGGGGGAGGGGGGUGAGUACACCUUAGUCUGUGGGAAGGCCCACCUUUGGGCCCACUGAACUACACUGGGAUUCUUCACUCUGCCCAUUACUCUCUUUAGGGCAAAUAACACAGCCGAACCACGUGGGUAUUUUAGUACUUUUUUUUAUAUAUAUCUAUUAAAAGAAUUCUAAUUUG